AUGCAGCUCUUCAAAUCCUCUCGACCCGCAAUCCCCUCCUCUGACACAAGCCAGGCAGUUUCCCCUCGGAAAGUCCAAAUACACCCUCGACGAUAUUCGCCCAUUGACCGAUCCCUCAUCCGGUCUGGUCAAGUGUUGCCCGAAGGCACAGAGUUCGAUGGCAAGGCCUGCGUCCUCGGUGUACCCACUUGUCCCGAUGGCUUCAUCCGCAAAGAGGACAAGUGCGUGUCCACGGUCAAGCCCAUCUGUCCCGAAGGCAGCGAUUACGACGGCAAAGUCUGUAUCUCCACCUCGGAGCCAACCUGUCCACCCCCGACCGUAUGGAAGGGCAAGUCCUGCGUGACCGGACCUCCCACCUGCCCGUCUGGUUUCGUGUAUAACGGCAAUGUGUGCCAGUCGAAGGAGGGCCCCAGAUGUCCCGAGAAGUACACAUUCAAUGGCAAGACGUGUGUCAGUGCCAAAAAGCCCCAGUGUCCCGAAGGGCUGGCUUUCCAAGACGGACACUGCGUCAGCGAUCGUCCCCCAGUCUGUCCAGCGGGCACGGAGUAUCACAAGACGUUGAAGGUGUGUAUCUCUGUCUCCGGGCCCGAGUGCGAGGAAGGCAGCCGUGUCAAGGACGGGGUGUGUGUCUCCGACAUCAAGCCCUCCUGUCCCGAAGGCAGCUCGUUCCAGCCGACCACGGGCAAAUGCACGACGACCGCCAAACCCGCGUGUCCGCCAACCUCCGAGAUGGACCCCGUCACCAAGAAAUGCGUGCUGUCCGAGUCAGCCAGCUGUCCCCCCGGAAGUGACCUCUCGCUCGACAUGGCCUCCAACACCGCCCGCUGCUGUCCCCCGCAGAUGACGUGGAAUGGUGAAGUCUGCCUGAUGGGAGUCGACGAGAACGGCAAAUGCCCGCCGGGAAUGACGCUCGUCGGCAAGUUCUGCCAGAAGCAGUCCAUCAAGCCGCUGCGUCUCGACCGAGCCCCCGAAUGCCCGCCCAGCUACAUCCUCGACGGCGCCACCUGCACCAUGAUCGAAAAGCCCCAAUGCCCACCCGGCCUGAUCCUCUCCGGCGCAAACUGCAUCUCCUCCGUCCACGUCAGCUGCCCACCCGACACCAAAUACGAGUCCGGCCUCUGCGUCAGCCUCUCCCGCCCCCAGUGCGAAGAAGGCUUCACCUUCGACGGCACCAAGUGCAUCUCCACCACCCACAACCCCAAGUGCGACGACGACGGGGCCACCUUCAACGGCGAGGACUGCACCUCCGGCCACUUCCCCACCUGCCCAGAGGACACCAUCUUCGACGGCACCCGCUGCCUCCAUCCCCUCCUGCGCCCCGGCUCCACCCUCGUCGCCGGCGGCUGCGUCGUCGGUGUCCCCACCUGUAUCAAGGGCACCGUCUUCGACGGCAAGCAGUGCGUCAGCCCCAAGGACCCAGAGUGCCCGCCCGACCACAAGUGGACCAACGGGCGGUGCAUCAGCCUCGUCACCACCGAGUGCGAACCCGGCUACACCCUCCUCAACGGGGAGUGUGUCUCCGACCGCAAGCCCGAGUGUCCGGCCAAUACUCACUUCGACGGCCAGAACUGCGUUGGUUCAGUGCCUGAGUGUGAGCCCGGUCUGGAAUUCGACGGCGAGGAGUGCGCUUACCCCGAGGAGCCGACCUGUCCGGCGGGCAUGCGCUUCAACGGGAAGAAGUGUGUCGGUGAGAAGGAUCCCGUUUGCCAGCCUGGCACCGUCUAUAGCAAACAGGCCAAGGAGUGUCUUUCGAUUGAGCGGCCUGCUUGUCCACCUGGCCAGGUCUUCAAUGGCAAGCAGUGUGCUCUGGCGUCGGGUGACUGCAUGAACUUUGAGUAUUGUCCUCCUACGGGGAUCCCCGAGUGCAAGCCUGGCUCGGUGUUUGAUAAGCAUACGGGAAUGUGUGCGGAUUGGUAGACGUCGGUGGAGGAGUACCUAAAUAGCACCAUUAUUGAAAUAUAAUACCACUAGGCUAACAAGGUGUCUGGACAUGAUUCCUAUCAUUCUAGG